AUGGCUGCUUACGCGUUGGAGAAGGGAGGUCUGGCGGAAGUGACGGCGGUCCUGCGGUCCAAUUACGCCGCCGUCGUUGAAAAUGGUUUCGACAUCGAUUCCGUGCUCUACGGCUCCAUUAAAUCAUGGAGACCAACGCACAUCGUCAAUGCAGUACCGAAGGUGUCUGAAGACGGCACUGCGCCAUUCGACUACAUUGUUAACGGCAUCAACAUCGAGAAGCCGCUUGUUGCGCGCUUCCCCACCAAUCCCCUGAUCAGUAGUGUCGCGUAUACCGGCGCAACGGAGACAUCACCGGGCAAGAUCUUUAACGACGACCCAGACAAGCAAAAGAUUGGCGCUUUCUCCAGUCCAGGAGUCCCUAUGGCCAUCGCUGAGGAGGCGGCAAGGACUUAUGUCAACUUGUACAACCCGGAUCACUCCCUGGACGUCAUUUACGAGCCCAAUGUCGCGGCCAACCGAUGGCGGAAACUAGCAUACAACUCAUCCUUCAACCCCAUCGCAUCUAUCUUGCGGAUGGACACUCCGCGCAUGCGCAUGAGUGUGCAUAUCGUGGAAGACUUGAUUGUGCCUAUUAUAGGCGAGAUUCGUAAGGUCGCGGAAGCGGCUGGCGUGACUCUUCAAGAAGACCUUGUCGAUGCUGUCAUACAUCAAGACCCGACCGAUUCUGGCUUCAAGCCGAGCAUGUGCCAAGAUUGCGAGAAAGGUAAUUUCAUGGAGAUUGAGAAUAUCAUUGGCGAGCCGCUCAGAGAAGGCGAGAGAUUGGGCGUCGAGCUGCCUGUCCUGAAAGUGGUAUAUGGAAUUAUGAAGGGGCUGCAGCUGAAAGUCAAAGAGGAGAAGGGUUUGUGGCAGCCUGAGUUCAAACCUGGGAACCCAUAUCAAUAG